CUGGAGCCCGUCCACGAAACGCGUCUGGCGGCGGCGGCGGCGCGCCGACGGCACGAGCUCAUGGAGAAUCUCACUCCGGAGGGCAAGGCCAUCUACGAGACGGUGUCCCAGGCGAGCGAGGCCGCCCAUGCUCGCCACCAGAAGGAGCUCGACGCGCUGAUUGUGGCGGCGGUGGGCAGCGCGGUCGAGGCGGCGGUGGCGCGUUCGGUGGGCGCGACGGUCGACAAGGCGGUGGACGCGGCAGUGAGCACCAUCGUCAACGACAUGCAGGCGUACACAGACGGCGCCGAGGCGGAAUUGCUCAAGCAAAUCCACGAGCUCCGCAAUUCCAAGGGAUUUACCUCGCGGGGCGGCGACCAGGAAGUUUUCGAUCGGUCGCCCAAGGGCGCGACGAAUCCAGCGCUAGUGGGGCAGCGUCCGACGUCGACGACGCGGGGAGCAGGAUUCGGUACGGCCGCGCCAUACGUCCCUCUUCCGGCCCGGGUAGUCGCUGAGGUAUCUCGUCCCAGCUCGUCCUUCUCCAGUUUACUGCACCGCGAGAAGAGGAGCAGCUCAUACUCGUCAUCAGGGCAUGGCAAGCCUCCCUCUGUUGAUUUUCCUCGAUUUGAUGGCGAGAACCCAAAAUUGUGGCAAACCAGGUGUGUGGAUUACUUUGAGAUGUUCGAUACAGACCCUGAUCUAUGGAUUGCUGUCGCGUCUAUGCAGUUUGAAGGAGCAGCAGCUCGCUGGCUCUCAUCUGUUCAGCAUAAAUUUGUGCGAUCUUCGUGGGAAGAGUUCUGUGCAGCUGUGCUUAGCCGUUUUGGACGGAACCAACAUCAGUCCUUGGUCCGUAAACUGUAUCGCCUUCGUCAGACCGGAUCAGUGGAAGAUUAUGUUAGUCAGUUUUCUGAACUUAUGGACCAGUUGACUGCUUAUGAACCAGAGCCAGAUAUGCUGCACUAUACAACCCGUUUCAUGGAUGGUUUGAAGCCAAGUGUGCGUAUGACAGUAGCGGUGCAGCGACCUACUGAUCUCGACACUGCUUAUUCUAUUGCUGCUGUUCAUGAAGAGAUGGGUGAAAUAGAAGUGGACUGGAGUACAGGGAAGCGUCGUUCUAAUUCAUCAUCUGCAUAUUAUCGUGCUGAUAAACUGCAGGUUGCCAAGCCCAUGGAGGAACCUAAGCUGCUGGACAAGACUAAGGGUCAUGUUGUUGACGAUAAGCUUGCAACUCUCAAAGCUUAUCGUCGAGCUAAAGGGUUAUGUUUCAUCUGUGGGGAACGCUGGGGAAGAGAUCAUAAGUGUAACACGACAGUUCAGCUGCAUGUAGUGCAAGAAAUGUUGGAAUUCUGUGCCUUAGAUAGCAUGGAUUCGGAUGAUAGUGAUAUGGAUUUAAUGGUACUGUCAGCUGAAGCACAACAAGUUCAAGGGGGUACUAAUGCUAUCAGAUUAGAGUGCCAAUUGGGUGGUCAUGCAGUGGUGCUUCUGGUGGAUUCAGGUAGUUCUCAUUCUUUCAUCAGUGCUCGGUUGGCUGCUCACAUUACAGGCCAGCAAUUACUGCCUUCACAACAAACUGUCAGGAUUGCUGGUGGAGGUACACUUCCUUGUACUCACAUCAUUCCUGCUUGUGCCUGGUCUGCUGCUGGUCAUGAGUUCAAGUGUGGCUUUAAGGUGUUACCUCUGCAACAUCAUGAUGGAAUUGUGGGAAUGGAUUGGCUGUCCUCCUUGGGUACUAUGCAAGUUAAUUGGUUAGAGAGGUGGCUAGCCUUUGAUCAUCACGGCCGUCCGGUGUUCUUACAAGGCUGUCCUCCAGAAACUUUUAGUUGCACUGUGGUGGAGCUCCAUUUAGUUCAGCCAGAGAACGUUAAAGAGGAUCUCGUAGCCCUUCCAGCACAAUUCUAGGAACUAUUAGAUCAGUACACUGCAGUCUUCGAACCACCAACUGGACUUCCCCCUCGGCGCAGUUGUGAUCAUAGAAUACCGUUGAUGGAAGGGGCUAGACCUGUGAACAUUCGACCCUACCGGUAUUCACCAGAGCUAAAGAGUGAAAUUGAAAAACAAGUCCAGGAGAUGUUGCAAACUGGGGUCAUCGUUCCUAGCUCCAGC